AUGUCUCGUCCCUCGAUCGCCAUCUUUGGCGGCAAUGGCUUUCUCGGGCUGGCGUUGGUUCGCCACGGCGUGAAAAGAGGCUACGACGUGCUUGCCAUCAGCCGCCGGGGCGAGCCGCCAGCGGGGAUCGAAGCCCAGCCCUGGGCGAGCUCUGUCCAGUGGCUCAAGGGCAAUAUCUUUGAACCAAACACUUAUGCCGACAAAUUGAAAGGCGUCGACACCGUGGUCCACUCGAUUGGCUUGUUAUUUGAGGACCCCCGCUACAAGAAGAUCGCCAACUCCAACUUGAAGCUGGUGGACGAUAUUGCCCAAACCAUCAGCUGGGCGGCGCUGAAAGGGUCAAACCCGAUGGACCGCAGCUACUACCACACCUACGAGGCCGUCCAGCGCGAUCUGGCGGUGGUGUUGGCCGAUACCUUCGUCCAGGCUAACCCCGAUAAGGGUCAUACCAUGGUGUAUAUCAGUGCCGACAGCCAGCCGCCGUUGGUGCCGCUGGACUACCUCACCACCAAGCGCGAGGCCGAGUUCGAGUUGCUGAAUAAACCCGAUUUGCGGGCGAUAUUGAUGCGCCCGGGGUUCAUGUACGACGCCCACUCCCACCACUUUGCCAACCGCGAUAUCGUUAAAGGGGUGCUUCAAAUCGGGUACUCGAUCAAAGAUUGUCUCUUUGGCAACAAGAUCAAGGCGCUCAACAACGCCAUCAAGCCGCCGGUGCUGACGGACCAGGUGGCGGAGGCGAUGUACGCUAAGAUCGAGCUGGGGACGCUGGGGGUGGUGCCGCUCGACGAAAUCAAGAAGUUUAAGGCCUGA